AUGGAAGGGCUCCCUGGUGAGGUGUGCAGCACUUUGUAUUGGAAGAAGGACCUGCUUGUGUUUGACAUGGAGGCGUGUGCUGCCAUUGGUAAAGUGGCAUUCUACCCUGACCUCGAUGAAGAGAUCGAUUUCCUUCACUCAGUCAUCGAAAAACAGGAAGUGACUGAGAUCAAGACAGAAAGACACCACACAAGCAAACAUCCUGCUGCCGUCACCUCCCAGAAAGAGGAGAAAAUAACCAAACCAGGUGUCACCAAACCCAAACUGAAAAGCCAGAAUGAAAACAGUACAGACCCCCUCCCCACAGUUUCUGCCCUCCCUGAACCCCCGACCCACCAGCCUCGUGUUACCGGAGUACAGGGUCGAGGUGGUCCUAUCGCUGUGCCAGCAUCCAAACAUAACAAGUUUAUAGUCAUCAUGAUUUCGCUGUGUGUGGCGGUGGGCUCUGUGGCAGUGAUUCUGGCAAUCGUCUGUUACGUCAAGUUGCAGAAAGAAUCGCGCCUGGCUCAGAAGGUCGACUACCCGGCUUUCAGAGGAGGGACGAGCUUGCCGGCCCCCCCAGCCAACGGCUCCUCGAUGGGAGAUAAGAAUCUGGCACAAAAUGCUCAGAUGUAUCACUACCAACAUCAAAAACAGCAGAUGCUCUCAAUGGGAAACAGCAAACCAGAACAGAAAACCGUUGACACCGAGGUCACAUCAGAUGAGGAAGAAGUGGGUGGAGAUUUCACAGUAUAUGAGUGCCCUGGACUUGCACCGACAGAACACAGAAUGAAAGUGGAGUGA